UUUCUCCAGCAGUGUUGGCUCGCCAUUUCCACCGUACAGACGUGUCCAAGUUCUCCGGAAGUAUCGUCCCCUGAAAAACCUUACAAAAAUGGUCAAACUUUUCGACAACAUCAACGAGGACGUGUACAAGGCGUACGUCUUCUGGAGCACGGUCCUGGUCGUCAAAAUGCUGCUCAUGUCCAUCCUGACCGGCAUGCAACGCUUCCGGAAGAAGGCCUUCGUCAACCCGGAAGACAUCGCGACGAUGCCCAAGCUGAAGCUUAAAACCGACGACCCGGACGUGGAGCGAGUUCGCCGUGCGCACCAGAACGACCUGGAGAACAUUCUGCCGUACUUUGUGCUGGCCUUCUUCUACAUCCUGACGAAUCCGGUGCCGGCGAUCGCGGUCAACAUUUUCCGCGCCGUGGCCGGUGCGCGCAUCAUGCACACCCUGGUGUACGCCGUGGUGGUCAUUCCGCAGCCGGCGCGGGCCAUCGCCUGGGCCAUCCCGUACGCGGCCAGCUUCUACAUGGCGUUCCAGACGUUGGUGCACUUUUUGUAAGACACUUGAAAAAAAAAGUGCUUAGUUUUUAGUUGGAAAAUUUUAAUUUUGGUUGGUGGUUUGAAAGACAAUACUCUCAGGAAAAGUUGCAAAACAGUAAAUAAAAAAGUUUGGAAAAGGUUUUAAA